GGCUGGGCUGGAAAGUGGCGGAUCCGGUUUGUCCAGGGCGCAUAUAGAACCCGGGUUGGUGGAGCGAAUGCAGGGAGUCGGAUAGGUUGCGGUGGCUGCGGCAGCAUGGUGGGUGCGGAGAAGGAGCAGAGCUGGAUCCCCAAGAUCUUCAAGAAGAAGACGUGCACGACUUUCAUCGUUGACCCCACAGAUGCGGGGGGGACCUUGUGCCAGUGUGGGCAACCCCGGUGUGCCCACCCAUCAGUGGCUGUGGAGGAUGCAUUUGGGGCAGCCGUGGUGACCGUAUGGGACAGUGACUUGCACACCACGGAGAAGCCCACAGAUGCCUUCGGAGACCUGGACUUCCUGGGUGUCGGCCGCAAGGCCAGCAAUUUCCUCCGGCUCUCUGACCGCACGGAUCCAGCUACAGUUUAUAAUCUGGUCACGAACAUAUGGGGCUUCCAGGCCCCGAACCUGGUGGUGUCAGUGCUGGGGGGGUCGGGGGGCCCCACCCUCCAGACUUGGCUGCAGGACCUGCUGCGACGCGGGCUGGUGCGGGCUGCCCAGAGCACAGGGGCCUGGAUUGUCACCGGAGGGCUGCACAAGGGCAUUGGACGGCAUGUGGGUGUGGCUGUGCGGGACCACCAGACAGCCAGGACUGGGGGCAACAAGGUGGUGGCCAUGGGCGUGGCCCCAUGGGGUGUGGUUCAGAAUAGAGACACCCUCAUCAACCCCAAGGGCUCAUUUCCUGCGAGGUACCGGUGGUGCGGUGACCCCGAGGAUGGGGUCCAGUUCCCUCUCGACUACAACUAUUCGGCCUUCCUCCUGGUGGACGACGGCACCCAUGGCCGCCUGGGUGGCGAGAACCGCUUCCGCUUGGGCUUCGAGUCCUACCUUGCCCAACAGAAGACGGGCGUGGCAGGGACUGGAAUUGACAUCCCUGUCCUCCUUCUCUUGAUUGAUGGUGAUGAAAAGAUGUUGAAGCGGAUAGAGAAUGCCACCCAGGCUCAGCUCCCCUGCCUCCUGGUGGCCGGGUCUGGGGGGGCCGCAGACUGCCUGGCAGAGAUCCACACUCUGGCUCCAGGGAGUGGAGGAGGCAGGCGAUGUGAAGCCCAAGAUCUGAUUAAACGUUUCUUCCCCAAAGGGGACCCUGAGGUCCUACAGGCCCAGGUGGAGAGGAUCAUGACUCGGAAGGAGCUGCUGACAGUCUAUUCAACUGAUGAUGGCCCUGAGGAAUUUGAGACCAUCGUUUUGAAGGCCCUUGUCAAGGCCUGUGGGAGCUCUGAAGCCUCAGCUUACCUGGAUGAGUUGCGUUUGGCUGUAGCUUGGAACCGUGUGGACAUUGCCCAGAGUGAACUCUUCCGGGGGGAUAUCCAGUGGCGGUCUUUCCACCUGGAAGCCUCCCUCAUGGACGCCCUUCUGAAUGACCGGCCAGAGUUCGUGCGCUUGCUCAUCUCCCAUGGCCUUAGCCUGGGCCACUUCCUGACCCCUACGCGCCUGGCCCAGCUCUACAACGCAGCGCCCCCCAGCUCACUUAUCCACAGCCUUUUGGACCAGGUGUCUCACGGCACAGGCAACAAAGGCCCAGUCUCUGAACCCUCUGCGGAGCCACAAGCCCCUAAGGUGGGGCAGGUGCUGCGGAUGCUGCUGGGGAAGUCGUGCGCGCCGACGUUCCCCGCCAGGGGCACCCACCAGGGCGAUGGCAGCAUGGAGAAUUCGUUUCUGCCGUGGGACAAGGCUACCUCAGAAUUUCUCCUGGAAGCCGUCCCCGGGCAGGCACCCUGGAGUGACCUGCUCCUCUGGGCACUGCUGCUCAACAGGGCUCAGAUGGCCGUGUACUUCUGGGAGAUGGGUUCCAAUUCCGUGGCCUCAGCUCUUGGGGCCUGUUUGUUGCUGCGAGUGCUGGGGCGCCUGGAGACUGAGGCUGAGGAGGCAGCACGGAGGAAGGACCUGGCAGCCAAGUUUGAGGGGCUGGGUGUUGACCUCUUUGGAGAAUGCUACCGCAGCAGCGAGGAACGAGCUGCUCACCUGCUCCUUUGGCGCUGCCCACUCUGGGGGGAUGCCACCUGCCUCCACCUUGCCAUGCAGGCUGAUGCCCGUGCCUUCUUUGCCCAGGAUGGGGUGCAGUCUCUGCUGACACAGAAGUGGUGGGGGGAGAUGGACAGCACCACACCCAUCUGGGCCCUGGUUCUUGCCUUCUUUUGCCCCCCACUCAUCUACACCAACCUCAUCACCUUCAGGAAGCCAGAUGAGGAGCCCACUCAGAAGGACCUGGAAUUUGACAUGGACAGGGGCGUCAGUGGGAAAGGGCCUGGCAAGCCCACAGACCCUCCUGAGAAGAUGCCACUGGGGGUGUUGAGGCCGCCCCGCCGCAGGAGAUGCUGUAGGGGGUGGUCCCAGCGCCUGCGCCGCUGGCCCCAGUUCUGGGGAGCGCCGGUGACUUCCUUCAUGGGCAACGUGGUCAGCUACCUCCUCUUCCUGCUGCUCUUUGCCCACGUGCUGCUCAUCGACUUCCAGCCCGAGACACCCAGCGCCCUGGAGCUGCUGCUCUACUUCUGGGCCUUCACCCUGCUCUGCGAGGAGUUCCGCCAGGGGCUGGGUGGCGGCUUGGGCAGCCUGGCCAUGGGGUCCCCCAGGACAGACUCCCACCAGGCCCCGCUGUGCCGCAGCCUGCACCUCUACCUCUCAGACGCCUGGAACCAGUGCGACCUGGUGGCCCUCACCUGCUUCCUCCUGGGCGUGGGCUGCCGGCUGACCGCACAACUGUAUGACCUGGGCCGUACUGUCCUCUGCCUCGACUUCAUGAUCUUCACGCUGAGGCUGCUGCACAUUUUCACAGUCAACAGACAUCUGGGGCCCAAGAUCGUCAUCGUGAACAAGAUGAUGAAGGACAUGUUCUUCUUCCUCUUCUUCCUUGGCGUGUGGCUGGUUGCCUACGGGGUGGCCACGGAGGGGCUCCUUAGGCCCCAGGACCGUAACCUCUCAAGUAUCCUGCGCCGGGUCUUCUACCGGCCCUACCUGCAGAUCUUUGGGCAGAUACCCCAGGAGGACAUAGACGUGGGCUUCAUGAAGCCCGACAACUGUUCAUCGGAGAAGGGCUUAUGGGCGCGCCCCUCAGGGACCCAGGCAGGCUCCUGCGUCUCUAUUUAUGCCAACUGGCUGGUGGUGGUCCUCCUCAUCGUCUUCCUGCUCGUGGCCAACAUCCUGCUGGUCAAUUUGCUCAUCGCGAUGUUCAGCUAUACCUUCGGCAAAGUACAGGUCAACAGCGACCUCUACUGGAAGGCGCAGCGCUACAGCCUCAUCCGGGAAUUUCACUCUCGGCCCGCACUGGCCCCGCCUCUCAUCUUCAUCUCGCACGUGUGCUCCCUCAUCCGUCGAUUGCGCAGGCUCUGGACCAAAUUGCCACCUUUCGCAGUCGUCGAGCAUUUUCGGGUCCGCCUCUCGAAGGAAGCGGAGCGGAGGCUGUUGACGUGGGAGUCAGUGCAAAAGGAGAAUUUCCUGCUGGAGCGAGCUCGGGACAAGCGGGAGAGCGACUCCGAAAGUCUGAAGCGCACAUCGCAGAAGGUGGACACAGCAUUGCAGCAGCUGAGACAGAUCCGCGAGUACGAGCAGCGUCUGAAAGGACUGGAACAGGAGGUCCAGUACUGUAGCCGUGUCCUGGGCUGGGUAGCCGAGGCCCUGAGCCGCUCUGCAUUACUUCCCCCAGGGGGCCCGCCGCCCCCAGCCUCAGCUGGGCCUAAAGGUCAGUGUGUGUGGUGUACCUGUGUGUAUCUCUGGCGUCUGUCACUACCUACGUCUGUGUCCCUGCUUUCCGGGUCUCUCUUCCCCAUCUCUGAGUGUUUUUCUCUUUUACUGGCUUUCGUUAGUUCCUGGUUCACUCUCGGUCUCCAUUGGGCUUUUUGUACAUCUUUCUUUUUACUAGUCUCUUAUUUUUUCUGUCUUCGUCUCUAUGCCCACCACCUCUUCUCUCUUCCCCCAGACUGAGCCUUGCUGGUGGACUUCAAAGAGUAGCUGCCAUAGGGAGUUUUGCUCCCAGAGUAAGGCCUAGCAGGUCCUUGACCCCUGCACCUGGUGACCUUGUCCUUGAGGUGAACCUCUUGCCCGUGGACUACCACCUCGGCCGCUGUCACGACCACUGCAGGGAGUGUCAUCCGUGCAAACCGCAGCAGGCUUGGAUCCUCCCAGAACCAGCCCUACUCUGGGAGCAUGAGCCUCUGGAGUCCAGGCGUUGCCUCUCAAGGCUGUACCACAGCCUGCUGGGCUGGAGAAGGCUGCAGGUCCUUGAGGUACAGGGACCAGAGCUCACUCACAGCUCCCCACACUGGGGAAAUAAAGCCAUUUGAGAGGAGUAGCGUCUGUAUGCUUGAUUCUUGGGGAACUGGUGGGUGUCUAGAUCCUUUGGGGAUGGGGGCUGAAGCCGGGGGGGUGUUUGGGGUCCUUGGUUCGUUUGCUGCUUUAUUUCAGGUAUCCCCUGGCUGUUUCUUCCUCUCAGCCCCACUAUUCCUGUGUGACUCAGGCCCAGCACCUCUUGUCUGCACUAUUUUGAUGACUCUUACUUUAGUGGGACAAGAACCCCAACCAUCUGUACCCCGCCCCAUUCCUGCCUACCAAUGAAAGAAGAACUCAGAGAUUAAAAGCAGAGUAUUUCCUGGAGUGGGGGUGGGUGGGUGCUGUGUACAUCUGCUUUGGCAAUAGGGGUACAAAUGAUGCAAAUUUGAGUAGAUAAACUGCAUAUGUGUCUUUAAAAAGUCUAAUUAGUGGAAAAUUGCAGCCACGCACGCACGGAAUUGAGGCAAAUAUGCAUCAUUAUACAUGCCGUUUAACUAAACAACCCAUAACAAACUAAACUGGUAAUGACAAGGCUGAACUGACAGCAAUUAUUAGUAAAAGAGCAAAAAAGCCACCACCAACCAACACAUCCAUAAAUGCAAACCAAAACAUCCUUUUUCCAAAUUGGAGGAAUUCCAACUGUCUGCCACUUUGGAUGCAGAGUAGCUUUGAAAUACUGCCAAGCAUUUUGUGGCAACCAGAUUUCUCUGGAAGAUGCUGAAUCAAUUCUCACUAACCCAAGUAGUAGUAAUAACGGUAAU